UACAAUUAAAGUGAACUCAACUAAAUAUAAAGUUUUCUGUUAUUUUUAAGCUAAAUAUUUGAAUAAUUUGGCGAUUUAUAUGGCCAAAAACGAUGCCCAGGCCAAAGUCGGGAGUGAAAAUCGUGGGGCAAAGUCGUAAGGCUCCAUUAAUGGCUAAAACGCCACGCUUGACACCAGGCGAAACGGAGUUGCUGCGAAUUUAUAAAAUUGAUGAUGAUCCUGAGAGAGGUCCUUGGCUGGAUCGCCUGUUCGGUUAUAUGAAGCAACGCGGUACACCGAUACGCAAAUGCCCGAAAAUUUUACGUGAUCUCCUCGAUAUCUAUAAAUUAUAUCAACUUGUGAAGGCAGGCGGUGGUUAUGCUGAGGUCACCAAGAAAGGCCUGUGGAACGAAAUCGCUCUAAAACAAGGCAUAGAUAUCAAAUUGGCCACAAGCGCCACAACAAGACUUCGUAUACAUUAUUGCCGAACUAUUUUGCCCUUUGAAUGCCAUUUUGAUCGUGAUGGAGUUGAUCCUUUACAGGUGGAGGCGGAUGGUAGGAAGCCCAAGAGUACAGGUACACUAACGCUCUUUUAAGUUCCUCGAGUUGGGUUGACCAAACUGGCCAUUUGUGAAAAAUUAAGCUUGUUUUAUUAGCUUUUAGUAAAUAAGUUAGCCUAGUAAGUUAUAU